AUGGAGGGUCUCUACUUUGAAGUGAAGCCAAGAAGGAGUGAAGCUCUUGGACCAGGGAGCUCUGACAAACCCCGUUAUAAUCUAACUCCAAACCACCGCUCAUGUCCUUCACUUUCACAUCUGACCUCUGCCACGCAGUGUCUUCAGAAGCUUGGGAGGGAGAGGAUUGCAUCAUGGGGGGCAAAGAUGGAGGUGGAAGGAGAGGAGGACGAAGUACGAUACAAACUGACCAUGAUUGGUUUUCGGAAAGUCCACCAUUUGACCACCAUGGCUAUGCUACCCUGGGUGGUGGCUGAAGUCAGCAGGUCCCAGCCCGGUGAGAGGGAGCAAGGUGGUGGGGUGCAAGCUGGGGGGUCUGGAGGUAGACAGCUGGGUCCUACUUCACGCAGUCAGACAGUUUUUCUGUGUGUGUCAGCAUCAAGGGUACGAUGUGUGUCCACGCUGGGAGAGAGCCUUGUAUGGGACCCUCUGACACACACAGUUCUGUUUGAAUGUCUUCCUCACCAUGUGACCAAGCUAAUUCACAACAGCCAGGAGCCCAGUAGCUUUGCCUGCCUGGUGAAAGGCACACAGACUUGUGCCUGCUAUGUCUUCCAGUGCCAGUACAGAACUAAGGUUCCUGAGAUCAUCAGUACAUUGAGGCAGGCUGGCAAAAGCUCGGCACGCAACAAUGACAUCACCACCGUUUCCAACAAGGCUUCCACGGGUUCUGGAGGCAGCGAUUCCUCUGAAACGUGGAUUUGCGCUCUCUCUACUACAACCACCUCCAUGGCACCCGCCGCUGCUGUGUCUCCGACAGCGUUUGCCAAAAAGUUUGAGGUAUUAUACUGCGGCCGCGUUAGUGUUGCUCACAAGAAAGCCCCUCCUGCCCUGAUUGACGAGUGCAUCGAGAAGUUCAGCCAGCUGCGUGGCUCAGCAGAGAGCCCAACCACUGGGAAACGCCCAAUUCUGUUCAAGCGAGACCCCAGCUUUCCCUGCCUACAGGCCCUGGAUGAGAAUGGCCUCUCACCAGAGAUUUCUAACAGCAACACUACCGAUCCUCAGACGCGGUCCGCUGAUGUGCAGCCCACCAGCCUGAAGGAGAAUAGGACCAUGUUGUUUAUGGUGGGCAGGUCUCAGAUCUUCUUGGUUAGUCCAGACACUAAGAAAGUUGCAAUAGAGAAGAGCUUCAAAGAAAUUUCUUUCUGCUCACAGGGUAUUCGUCAUGUGGAUCACUUCGGCUUCAUUUGCAGGGAGACCGUGGAAGGGGGAAACUGCCACUUCGUGUGUUAUGUCUUCCAGUGUACAGAUGAAUCACUGGUGGACGAGAUCAUGCUGACUUUGAAGCAAGCGUUCUCUGUGGCCGCCCUGCAGCAAAAUGCAAAGACUCAGAGCCAGCAGUGUGACAGCUGCCCGAUGCAGCAGCUCCACAGGCUUUGUGAGAGCAUAGAAGGUCUACACCCAUCUAAAACUAAACUGGAGCUUCAAAAACAUUUGGCCACUUUGGACAAUGAUGAUCAAGCUUCAGUCUUUGAAAACACUAUGAGGGCUCGUCCUAAGAGUGAUCAGGAAGAGAAUGAGUUGAUAAUGGCUUCUUUGAGAAAUCUGUAUGAAGCGAGACAGAAGACCCAUCAGCACACAGUGCAGAAGGAGAGCAAACAGAUGUGUGAGGAUGUCGCUCCAGCUGUGGAGGCACAGCAGCAGAGUAGCAGCCGGCAGCGACUCGAGGAGUUCAAGAGCCGAGCCAAGCGCUCUCUCACUGAGUCCCUGGAAGGGAUCUGGAAGGGAAGCAGCAAGGCCAGAGCUCAAAGGGAGAACAGCGAGGGAAGUGAGAGCAGCUCAUCUAUUUGUACUGUCAACAGCAGCCAAGAUCAGCCCUGUUUAGAUGAUCCUUUGCCUGCUCAUCAGCGAUCAACCAGCCCUCUCAGGUGUCACAACUCAACAGGAGACCUGAAGCACAUUGACACUUCUCUGCCGCUGUCACACUCUUCCUCCUCUUUAUCCGGGGAUGCUCAGCCACAGGGCUUCCGCCGCCGGGCCAGCACUUUCAGCCACCCUACCACCCCCUCCUCAGCCGAAUACUCACCGGAGCACAUACUAAUUCACCCACCACAGGACCACACUGCAGCUACCAAGCACAAGCUUGUGCGACACUACUCCGUCAGCACGGACACUCCCCACCAGAGCAAACACGUCCCAUGCAACUCUGCUCUUCCUCCUGCCCUUCCUUGUCCUUCGUCCCACUCUUCUCUCCUCCUUCAUCCUCCUUCCUCACCUUCUUCUGGAGCCCGGCUCAGUAAAAGAAGUCCUCUGGGUGGUCUCCGUGCUCGUCUCCACUCUUCCUCAUCUGUCCCUAAUUUUCUGAAAUUUCCAUUUCUGGCCACUGUCCGAGAGAAUGAUUGUCCUGACCCAAAGAACAGUGAUGUAGUGGCGCUUUCCACACCAAGUGCAGCUGGUGGGGUCGGGGAAAGCCCUCAGCGCAGCCGCCGCCACUCGUGGAGGCAGCAGAUCUUCUUGCGGGUCGCUACUCCUCAGAAAGGCACAGACUCCAUCGAUGGGUCUGAUGCCUGUCAGGUUGUGGCCCAGAUCGUGGGUGGAGGAUCUGGGGACUCGGCGAUGAGACCGGUGCCUGAGGAGAAGACGAAGAGAACCAAAGAGGAGCUGAGGGAUCUCUGGAAGAAGGCCAUCCUGCAGCAGAUUCUCCUGCAGAGGAUGGAGAGAGAGAACCAGAAGCUACAAGCAUCAGAGAACGAUCUGCAGAACAAGCGCCUGAAGUUGGACUAUGAAGAAAUCACUCCGUGUCUGAAGGAGGUCACGCUGGUGUGGGAGAAAAUGCUAGGAACUCCUGGGAGGGCAAAGGUCAAAUUUGACGCCGAGACCAUACAUACUGCAGUUGCACAAGGUGUCCCAAGGCAACACAGAGGAGAGAUCUGGAAGUUUCUCGCCGAACAGUACCGGCUAACACAGACAGUCCCUUCCCGGCCCCCUUCUAAUCACACUCCAUACAAAGAGCUGCUGAAACAACUCACCUCACAGCAACAUGCCAUCCUCAUCGACCUGGGUCGUACUUUUCCCACACAUCCAUAUUUCCAAGCCCAGCUGGGGGCAGGACAGCUGUCUCUCUAUAAUAUCCUGAAAGCCUACUCACUGCUUGACCCUGAGGUGGGAUACUGCCAGGGCCUGUCCUUCAUUGCUGGAGUGCUGCUUUUACACAUGGGGGAAGAAGACGCCUUCGACAUGCUCAAAUUUCUAAUGUACGAUGCUGGGCUCCGCAAACAGUACAGGCCUGACAUGAUUAUCCUGCAGAUCCAGAUGUACCAGCUGUCGCGGCUGCUUCAUGACUAUCACAGGGAUCUUUACAGCCACUUGGAGCAGCAGGAGAUCGGGCCCAGCUUAUAUGCCACCCCCUGGUUCCUCACGGUCUUCGCCUCACACUUUCCCCUCGGGUUUGUGGCCAGAGUUUUUGAUAUGGUGUUCCUGCAGGGGUCAGAGGUCAUCUUCAAGGUGGCCCUAAGCCUGCUGGGGAGCCACAAACCUCUGAUCCUGCAGCACGACAGCUUGGAGUCUAUUGUGGAUUUCAUCAAGACCAUGCUACCCAACCUGGGCCUCGUACAGAUGGAGAAAACCAUCAACCAGGUUUGUGAGAUGGAUGUGUCCAAGCAGCUCCAAGCCUAUGAGGUGGAGUACCACGUGUUGCAGGAUGAGCUGCUGGACACGCCCCCGACCCUCAACCAGCACCAGCGAGCUGCGCAGCUGGAGAGGACCAAUCAGAGCCUGCGACAGCAGAACCUCGACCUGCUCGAGGAGCUCCAGGUGUCCCACGCUCGAGUGUGCAACCUGGAGAGUCGAGUGGAGGCUUUGGCCCAGGCAGAGGGGCAGCUGAAGGAGCAGGUUUCUGCACUGGAGGAGGAGAAGAAGCAGCUGCUGAACACCAUCACACACCUCCAGGGCCUCCUCUCCAACCUCGGGAUAAACGCCAACCCCGACGGACAGGCACUUCCUUCACUGUCCGUCUGACAGACAGUCACAGCAGCAUCAAAGCUGGAGGGCAGAGAGCAGCACGAUAGCAGGACUGUGGACUCGCUGCUUCACCUGCUGGCGAGGGUUGAUUAAUGAGUCUCUGCCUCGAUCCUGCCGCCUCUGGAAUGUUUUAAUAAUAAUGAUGAUGAUGAUGAUGAGAGGACAGAUGAAAUAGUGGCAGAAAUGGGAUUGAGGUUGAAGGAUAGUACUCUCUUCCUGUGCUCUAAUAAAUAAACAUAAAUAAUCCCCAAAGAUGGCGCUGACUGUACCGCCGGGCCUCGGCUGUUAAAAUACUUUUGCACCUGUGUGUGUGUGUGUGUGUGUGGUGGUGUGUGUGUGUGUGUGUGUGUGUGUGUGUGUGUGUGUGUGUGUGUGAUAAAUGGAGUUUGUUUUUGUUUUUGGAUGCAGCAAAAAAUGUACAGCAAGCUUGUAGAACAAAGACUCCACUCUGCAGUAUUCCGAGCACUGUUACAAAUAUCACAAUAAUUAAGAAACACAAGUUCCUCCCAAAGAAAAUGAGAUUGUAAGAAGGAGGUGAGAUGAAGGGAUGGGUGAAGAAAUAAACGACAGCAAAAUGUUUUGGGGGGGUUUGUAAUGCAAAGGUUAAAUAUAACAUCGGCUAAAUGAUGAUGAUGGUGCUCAUAUUCUGAGAUCAGGGGUGAACUAUUUUUGAUUCUUCCUAGGCUUUCCUGGCCCUGCGCAAUUUGAACUUGAACUUCAUUUAAGUUACAGCAGCUUCCAGGAAAAGCAACACAAUAAAUCCAGUUCAUUUCACAUCCUGUUGUUUCACCUUUAAACACAUGUCAAUUCAUCUGCAUUGAUGGGGAAAAUCUGAAAGCUUAGCCGUGCCGCUCCAGCGAGGGGAAGUCCACACAUUUACUGAGGAGCUACUCAAAAUUACGGCAAAAGACGCUAACUUUAAAGAGGAAAACUUCUGCUGUUGAGACAAUCUGUCACCCGUAAAUCAUUUACUGUAUGCAACAUACUGAAUUCUUCAGCCCGAGCUGCAGCUUGGUGUGCCUGUACGUGAGUGUUUGAAUGUCACUGCGUGUCAAUGUUCUCACUGAUUGCAACAAACCUGUCGGUUUACACUGUAAAGAUAUUUUUCUUUUACCCCUGACUCUCUUUGCACAUGUUCUGUUUUACUAUGAUUAUUGCUACUCUGUACUUUAAAAUACAUUUCAUAUUCUUCCA